UAACGAGAGUAUACUUUUUCAAAUUGAGUUUGCGUCGGCUGGUUGUGCCGUUUCAGCUCUUUGUUACUUUUUCAGCGUCUCUGGUGUUUGCCCAACUGUGAUUUGCACUUUUCCACGGUGUUCGUGAUCGUGAGUCGUGUCCACCGGUCGUCCCCGUGCUUGACCAGUGAAGGCAGAUUGUAGGGACCCUUCUUCCGAAAUGUCUUCAGUUCAACUGGCUGUCGAGAGACUGCAGGGCCUCUUCGAUGCUCGGGCAGCCGAAGUGGAAACCGUCAUCAUGCAGGCAAGGAGUGCGCUCGACAAGAACGCAAAGAACUGCGGUGACACCGUCGUCGCCAUGAUUCAGGAUUCCGGCAAGUUCGACAGAACGUCUUGGGCGUCGGCCAUCGAAGACAUAGAGCGAGAAGCUAGUUCUCUGCCGCAGGAGACUGCGCGAACGGACGAAAUGCUUGCAAGCCUUUCUUCGACGAUGGCCAGCAUCAAUGACGCACUGCAGAAGCUGUGAAGGACUGCUUGUUGCUCAAAUUUUGAAUAUGUUCUCGACAGUUAAUAUCAACUGCCUUGUUUCUUUGACGGA